CUGGCGUGUUGCUCUACAUACACUCAUUCCCCCUUCAUCAUCUUCUCACCCCGCGCAGCCGUGGGUUUCGCCUGUAUUUGUAUAAUCGCCAGUCUUGCGCUCGCUUGUUGGUGUUCAGUACUAAAGUCAGUUCGCGUCUGUUGUGAUGGCAGCGCCAAUCGCUUCAAUGUCGACAGCCGCAGCGCCGUCGCAUUUGAACGGUGCCAGCGCAGUAUCUGCAGAGGUGCUUCGCGAGGCCGAGUUCCUCCAGAAGAUUUUGCAGAUACGCGACCAAGUGCUUGCUAGCCAACACCCGCGUAUUCAUCUUCCACCCAAAGUAAUUGAACAGGUUGCACCGCGUCUUCCGCAGACUGCCUCUAGCAGACCCACCACCAACGGCACACCCAACGGAUCUUCAUCGCAGCUCUUUCCUCCGCGACCAGCAUCUUCAGCACGCCCUCCCACGUCUCCUAUACCCCCUACACAACGACCCUACUCGGCCAAGUCUUCCUCUUCGAGCAUCGAUCCCAUCUUGCUCACAAAAUCCGAACACCUGGUCAAGGCGGAACAGCAGCUCAAGCGGCAGCAGAUAGAACGCGCACUGAAGGACCAGUUCGAUAAAAAGGGCCGUGGCAACGAUGCAGACGAGCGAGAAGCUCUCAUCGAUGUCGAGCAGUGUUUGAUCAAGGCCCACCAACUGGUCCCGCCUGUGUCUGGCUUACCGUCUGCGACUAACAACAGCGACGAUGUGGAGUCAUUUGACGAGAACUCGUACUACUCUAGCAAGGCGAACAGUUGGUCCUCAGAGGAUGUUGAUCACGCUGACCACACGCAUGCUGAUGCAGCCCCACUGACUUCACAGGCGCAGCCCACAGCUCAACAAGUGAAUGUCCACUCUCGCCCAGCCGAGCCUACUGUAAUCGACCUUGACGAAGAGGCUUAUGAGCCGGCCGAUGACAUAGAAAUCUAUGAACCCGAGCCUGCACAGCUGCAUGAGGAAGGCGAAGAAGAGGAAGACUACUCUCCACCCCCAGCUGAGAUCGGUCCAAGCGAGCCUCUGAGGGGUCGGCAGCGCAACCGCCAUGGCGGUACGAACGGAUCACGCCGUCAAAGCCCGACCGGUCCGGCAGCACCAGUUCACAAUCCCCGCAAGCGAAGACGGGAAGAGAAACGCGAGCGCGACGAGAAAAAGCGUCAGCAGCAGGCCAACAAACGCGUUGUCAACUCGCCAGAACCGUACAUCAAGGAAGAGCCGCAAUCACCACCUCCGUUUACGGCUUAUCCCGACUCACAACCUAGUAAGCGUCGUGCGCUACAGCCUCAUCCCGAUGAAGUAGAGCUUGUUUCUGCGCAAGGCAGCCCCAGAACACAGCCCGUCUACUACCGCGACCCGGAACCUAUGACACGUUCCUACCGCGAGUACGACGAGCCCUCGUCUCCGACCGUCAUACGCACGCCGCAGCGCAAAUCACUGCGCGAUGAGCAGGACCUCAGGCGGGUCGCAAGUCUACAAUACGCACGACGCCCUUACUCGCCGGGUGGUGGUAAUGAGAUUUACGCAGCGCCAGAGCCUCGCCAGAUUCGCGCAGCAUCCCACGCAUUUGUCGACCGCGUCGAGGCGCCCAUGUACCGCGAAGCCUCAGCUCGCCCAUCUGCUGCACCGAGAUACGUACGCGAACGUUCGCGAUCACCUAUACAUGAGUAUAUGCCAGCUCCGCAGCUCAUGGCUCCGCCGCCACGCAGAAUUGUGGUAGAUCAGUUUGGAAACAAGUACUAUGCGGCACCAGUGGAUGCGCGAGAGUCGAUGGCGCCACCUAGCAGACGAGUGGAGGUUGAGCCAUACUACGAGCGUGCUGUGACACGGGAGCCCACAAUGCGUGCACCGGCACGGGCAGAGAUGUAUGAGGAAGAGUCUGUUCAGAGAAUGCCUCCGCCUCCUCGGCGAUAUGUCGAGGCGUCGGAGCCUGAAAUGAUCGAAAGCCCGUAUAGGCAGAGGGAGCCCUCUCGCCGUCCUGUAGAGGUGGAAUAUCGCGCUGCGCCACAGUACGAAGAGAUGGGCCCGCCACGAGAGUAUGCGUCUGCGCGGUCGUACAGUAUGCGGCCAGAAGUUGUUCGACGAGAAGUGCCUGAAGGAUACGUCCGACACGAGAGCAUACAGCCGUCUGCUGUUCGCGCUUCACAGCCUCGAUUCCGUGAGGUCAGUGUGAUGCAGGAGCCUUUCGAUGAGCGUCGCUAUGUUGGCGCACCUCAGAGCAGGCGAUAUGUUGAAGAAGGACCCAUGGAGGUUGCUUCGGAGCCGUUUGUUGGCGAGCCGCUGCCGCGUCGCUCGUACAUGCGCUAUUAGCAUGGUGGAAGUGUAGCUGUAGGAUACUUUGGUUAGUGUUUGAGACGAAGAGAGGAAUUAGCCUUGUAAGAGAUGUAAUAGUCUGUAGAAUUGACUAGGCACUGUUGAUGCAGUGUAUUCACUUCAUGCAAUUCGAUAGUAUCAGACGCGACAAAAAAUAUGCAACUCAGUGACUCGAUGCAGCAGUGUCUCAGUGCCGCAUCCGCGCAGGACGCUUCUCGGCUGUGGUGCCGACUAGAGGGUGAGAUUUGCCUGAUUGAGUCUGGCGAGCGGACAGCCGUCAUCGCACUGCAGGGGAGACGUAACCACGCUCUGGGCUCUGAUACCAAGAGAUGCGCAGAGGCAAGCUCUCGAGGUAGCGUUUGGGCGAUUUCGUCACACAUACUGUUUCUCCCGCAACCGAGCUUGUUUGAUGCGUGUGGGGUGGGUUGCGUGGAGGGUGGUGAG